GGGCCACAUUACACUGGCUUCUCCUGAAAUCUGCUCCUCUUCAAAGCUCAAAUAAACAUCCGACUAUGAGCCCAAAGACGGAGACGCCUAAAAAAUGACAGAGUCACAUAUGGCUUCUACAGAAAGGAGCCUACAUAUCCAGGCUGAUGAUGACCUAAAGUCCAUGAAUGUGGGUACGGUGAUGAGAAAAAUCAAAUCUCGCACAUGGAAAAAGCAACGUUAUUUUCGGCUACAAGAGGACUGCAUGACUAUCUGGUACAAAAGCAAGAAAGCUGGAAAUACCCAUUCCACAUUUUCUGUGAGUGACGUGGAGGCCGUUCGAGAAGGCCACCAAUCCGAGGUUCUGCUCAGCAUCGCUGAUGAGUUCCCGCCCGACCGCUGCUUCACCCUCGUGUUCCGGGGUCGACGGGGUAACUUGGACCUGGUGGCUGAAUCGGUGGAGGAGGCACAGUCCUGGAUUAAAGGGAUACGCAAACUCCUCGAUAACCUGGAGAACAUGGGGCAGAGAGAGAAACUAGACCAGUGGAUCUGUGAUUGGUUUAAAAAAGCAGAUAAAAACAAGGAUGGACGGAUGAACUUUAAGGAGGUCAGAGAUCUGUUGAAGAUGAUGAACGUGGACAUGAAUGAGCAUCAUGCCCUGCAUCUUUUCACGAUGGCGGACAAGUCUCAGUCAGGCACGCUCGAAGAUGACGAGUUUGUGCACUUCUACAAGAUGCUAACUCAGCGCGAGGACGUCCUGCGAGUGUUUCAGGAAUAUUCGGGUGACGGGCAGAAACUCACACUCCAAGAUCUUGAAGAUUUCCUUCGGGAGGAACAGCUACAUGAGGAUGGUGUUCAGGAGUACGCGCUUGAGCUCAUCAAACACUAUGAACCGUCAGACACUGCAAAAAUGAUGCAAGUAAUGACGAUCGAUGGUUUCCUGAUGUACCUGAGCUCGGCAGAGGGCUCCAUCUUCAAUCCUGCCAUGGUUGAGCUCUACCAGGACAUGACUCAGCCUCUCUGCCACUAUUUCAUCUCCUCUUCUCAUAACACAUACCUCCUGGAAGACCAGAUCAGAGGACAGAGCAGCGUGGAGGGCUAUAUAAGAGCCCUGAAACGUGGCUGUCGUUGUGUAGAAGUGGACUGCUGGGAUGGACCCAGCGGAGAACCAAUCGUCUACCAUGGACACACUUUCACAUCUAAGAUCUUCUUUAAAGAUGUUGUCACCAUGCUGGGCAACUAUGCCUUUAAAGUAUCGCAGUACCCUGUCAUCCUGUCCAUUGAGAACCACUGCAGUGUAGAGCAGCAGAAAGUCAUGGCCCAACACCUAAACCAGAUCUUGGGAGACAAGCUGCUGAAAAACACCAUAGAUGGAAAGAUUCCCAACAGCCUCCCAUCCCCUGAGGAUUUGAAAGGGAAGAUUCUGUUGAAAGGAAAGAAGAUCGGAGGAUUGGAGGGUAGCAUGAAUGGGGUGGUGGAUGACCCUUUGUUGGGAGAGGCAAGUGACGAAGAGGAGAAUGCUGAAAUUGACGACGAGCAUCAUCACAAUAACAGUAUGCGACAUAGAGACAAGAAAUCCAAGCAGCGUCUAUCUAAAGAGCUGUCUGACUGUGUGGUUUACUGCAAGAGUGUCCAGUUUAGCAGCUUUAAACAUUCGCGAAUUCACUCCAAGUUUUACGAGAUAUCCUCCUUCACAGAGUCCAAAGCCCGUAAACACAUAAGGGAGGCAGGAGCAGAGUUUGUCCUUCAUAACGCUCGUCAGUUGAGUCGGGUUUACCCCAGUGGCCUGAGAACUGACUCAUCCAACUUCAACCCACAGGACAUGUGGAAUGCAGGGUGCCAAAUUGUUGCUCUAAACUUUCAGACUGCAGGGGUCGACAUGGAUCUAAAUGAUGGUUUAUUCAGUCAGAACGGGCGCUGUGGCUAUGUGCUGAAACCAGCGUUCAUGCGCAGCACAGAAAAGAGGUUUGACCCAGAAUUCCCCCAAAACCGGGAUGGAUUUCAGCCACUCAGUUUGUCUAUAAAGGUAAUCAGUGGUCAGCAGCUUCCCAAGAUCAGCAUCAAGGAGGGCUCAAUUGUUGACCCGCUCGUUCGGGUGGAAAUUCAUGGCGUACCGCUGGACCAGGCUAAGCAGGAAACCAGAUACAUUGACAACAAUGGUUUUAACCCAGUUUGGUAUGACACUCUUGAGUUCACCAUCCAGGUUCCUGAGCUAGCUCUAGUAAGGUUUGUCGUGGAAGACUAUGACAAAACAUCAAAGAACGACUUUGUGGGGCAGUUCACUCUCCCUUUCACCUGCAUUCAGCCAGGAUAUCGUCACAUCCAUCUCCUCUCUAAAGACGGUACCAGCAUCCCUCCUUCCUCGCUGUUCGUCCACAUCCGGAUAACUAAACUAACAUGAAUCAAAGACGUUGAAUUUAAAUGAACAAAAGAUACAAAAAAUGCUGCAAUAACAAGUCUUCCCAGUAAACAAUAAUCACUUAUUUACAGAAUGUUGAUACAGGAUUUUAUACAUGUUAAGUACAAUAUAAUCAAACAGUAUAAAAACUACAUUAAUCACACAUUUAAGUUGUGUUUCUAGAUUUAGUUGAAUCGUACGCCAAAUAGUUUUAUAGUUAUUUAUUGAGUUUUAUGACUCGUUUUUUUAGAUUUGUGUGAUUGUAGUUAAGGAAGCUAAAGUUUAUCUAAGCGUUACUUAUAUGAGGCAAGUCUUUACAUCUUUCUUUAUGUAUUUCUUAAAUAUUUUAAUAAUAUUAAUAAUUUUUUGUGAAUCUCACAAAAACAUGGCCAGGUCACACUUUACUCCAAAAUCAAAAACACAUUAAUAAUAUUUUGCAUAAAAGAAAAUUAAACCUAUAUUAAGACCCUUAAGUUUUUUUGCAAUGUGGCACAUUUCUCCCCCAAAUUUGUUCUUAAAAUAGGCUUUAUUUUUUUAAAGCAAAAUAUAUUUAAGUUCUUUUGAUUUUAGGGUGAAAUUUAUUUUAUUUGUUCUUGACCGAUUUCGUGAGAUUCACCCAAAUACGUAAUUAAAAUGGGUCUUUUUCUUGUUGCACUGUUUGAUGAUGUUGAUAUAGUAUUAAACCUAAUCUUUUGGUUUUGGUUUCUUAGUUGUACAAAUGAUUUUAAAUUGAUUCUACAAUGACUUCCUCUUCCUCAGUUAUAUGGCUUGUAGGUUUUCUUGCGAAAGGCCAUCUGCCAAACUCCAAUAAAUUGGGGAAGGUGUACAGUUGUAGUUACAAUGGUGUGUGUGAUAACUGGUUCUUCUUUGGAAAGGAGUUAAGAGGUAAUGGGGACAUCAGCACACAGGCUUAAUUACAAUCUUGAUUUGGCCCUGAUGUACCUCAGAAGCCCAACUCAGUUACACUAAGAUAUAGAAGGAGGGCAGUGAAAAUUUACCCCAUCUGUUCCCACCCCUAACUAACUGGAUCUGUCAAAAGCCCUAUUUACAAAGUGUAGGUCACCAAGAAAACUUGAAAUAGAUUAAUCAUGAUUAAUCUUGCCUAAACUGAGCUAUUUUCUCUGUCUGAUCAUUUAAGUCAAAUGUAUGCUGCUGAUUUAAUAGUGUUAUGUAUAUUUUUUUAUUUCUAUGCUCUUAUUGUAGGAGCCGAAUCUAUACACUAUUUUUGUAACAUUUCUUGAUGGCUACAUCUGCUUUGCUUGUAUAUAUGUAUGCAUUUAUGCCUGUAUGUAUUUAUUUGCCAUAUUUAUCAAAGAAUAA